AUGGGCGUCGGUGGGGGCGGCGGUGGCGUGACGGCAGCCUCAGCGUCCAUCAGCUCCAGCACCAAGGAGGAACAUGGUGGGGGCGGCAGGAGCACCACACCAGUGGUAAUUCCAACAACAUGUCAGAAAUCUCAAACGCUUAUCAAGCAGCUGGUUGCUUUGGCAGUUUCAAAUGUUGCAUAUAACAGAUCAUUUUUCCCAGAAGAUGCAUUUAUUGAACAAGAAUUUGAAGGAACGUGUGUUAAAGUAUUGAACAGUAACACAAAGUGUGAAAAUGCUCUGAUUUUUCAGAAGUGGAUAAACAGUGCCUUAGAGGCAUUUGAAAAAGGAUAUCUUAAGCAGUUGAUGGUCUGUGUCCGGCCUGAUUCUGAAGAUAUUGGAGUUGUUCUGGAAUCAUACAAGUUCACAUUUAACAGCAAGAAUGAUGAUGUUCAAAUGAUUGCUGAAAAUUCAUUUGGAUCAUCUAUGAGUAUAGACAUGAAGAAAAUAAGAGAAGACUACACAAACCUUAUACGUUCCACAGCCAGACUUCCACAGCCAGAAUCUUGCAAAUUAUAUGAAAAAGUCCGCCUCUGUGUUAAACUUGCAUACAACGAAGAAGCCCCUGUGGAUUAUGAAGCAGAAGGGUUUCACAAGUCUGACCAUCCAAAGAAUACAUUUAUAUUCGAGACACUGAAUGAAAAUCGAGGCAAGGUUAGCACAGGAUGGCAUAGUAUGAAACUUUCAACAAAGAUUGUAAAAGACCCAACAAAUGCUGCAGUGUCUGAGGCACAGGCAUCACUUUGGGCUGUUGUUGCAGGUGACAGGAGGACAGUGGAGUGCGUGGAGAGGCUGGCAACAUGGAAGCAUGAUGCUGCAAGUGGGAAUCCAAACUUGGAACACUGUCAUGAACCAACCUGCUGCCCAGCAGACCAACAGACUAUGGUGGUGAUGUUCCAACAGGGCGUGGGUGUAGCUGAUUUGCAUGGCAGAUCAGCUGCUCCCUACCAAGAUCCCCGUCAAACAACUGCUGACUUUUCUGGCCCACUAUGA